ACGGAACACUUAAACGAGACCGCAAAUAAUCGAUUAGAAAUUAUGCGAUUAAUAUUAUUCCUAGUUUGUACCAUUGGGACGUUACAUAAGUGUUUUGGUGAUGAAAGUCCUGACUCCAUUCGAACCCAACAAGGAUUAAUGAUGAAAAGUUUCAUGAAUGAAUCAAUCAAUCCUUGUAAUAACUUUUACAAAUACGCGUGUGGAAAUUGGGCGAAACGCCAAACUAUCGGAAAAGGUGAAUACAGUUUCGGUGUUCUGGACGUCAUAACGAAAAAAGUGAAUAAAUUUCUGGAAGAAUUGAUUUUGUUUAAUAAUUAUACAUCCACGCCUAGUGAAAAAGUACAAAGCAUUCUAAAAAGCAGUGAAGUGAAAAAGAUACAAAACUAUUUUUCGAUAUGUCGAGAACAGAAAAAGUUAGAGUAUGAACCAUACAUCAAGGCCUGGGGUAUCCCAGGUGGAUGGCCACCUUUGAAUUCCAGUUGGAGCAAUCAAACCUUUGAUUGGUUGAAUAUUACGGCACAAUUGAAGCUGAUCGGAGUACAAUCUCUUAUCGACGUGAAAGUAGCACCCUGUUACAACAAUGCAACCCGCAAUAAAAUUUAUAUUCUCCCGGCGAAGUUUCCUGUUUUCAAACCUUCAACAUACGAAGAAAACCCUUUCAUAAAACGGAUAAUCUCAGGAUUUAUAUCGAGGCCGUUGGAGUCAUUUGGUUUAAAUGAAUUGCAAAUCGGCAAAAUUGUAUCGGAUGUACUGACCUUCGAAAUUAAAUUGGCCGGCAUUUUUCCUGGGAAUAGUCAACAAAACGUGGAACUGGAAGAGAUGACUUUAGAAGCACUACAAAGACUAAUGCCAGAUAUCGACUUCCAAAGGUUUUUGAACAUAGUAUCCGGGAAUGUUGUCAAUAAGUCGCAAGAGGUGACGAUAAGUUAUCGGUCGUAUUUCAGGAAUCUAUUAGAACUGAUAAACGGAACCGAGCCCGAAGUUUUAGCAAAUUUUUUCUUAUACAGAUUUUGCCUACAAAUCAACACCAUCGGUGAUGUUGACGUUUUUUGCAGGGAUGAAGUUAUCACUUAUAUGGGCUUUGUUCUCGGAUAUGUUUACAAUCUGGCUUCCAACGACGAAAUAAAUAAUGAAGAUGUUAAGACCAUUGCGCAUAGCAUUAAUCGUGCAUUUCAAGAUACAAUUCGAAAUAUUUCCUGGCUGGAUCAGGACACGAAGGACGAAGCACUAGUGAAGCUCAAUAACCUACUUUUAAAAGUUGGUGCCUCUGAUGACAAUCUUGUGUUCAAUAACAUCCAAGAAGAAUUCACACUUAUUGAACUUGACCCUAAUGAUUAUUAUAGAAGUUACUUCAAACUAUCUGCGUUUUCCACGCGAAAGUUAUUCAGAGAGUUGCACAAGACCAAUAAGAGAAGUGAAUCAAACUAUAAUACCGCAAAGGUUAAUGCGUUUUACGAUAGUGCUAGAAAUCAUAUAUUCGUACCUACAAAUAUCCUACAAAGUCCAGUAUAUAAUUUUCACUUUCCGUACAGUGUUAAAUACGGUGCACUAGGAACGAUCAUGGGUCACGAGAUUACACAUAGCUUGGAUGCAACUGGGCGACGAUACGACUCAAAUGGAGCAAUCCGAAGCCGGUGGACAGAACAGUCCGAAGAAGAAUAUCUUAAUCGAAUACAAUGUUUGGCAAUACAAUACGCCAAAUAUACACCCUCUUCCCUAAACACAUCGGCCAAGAGUAUAGGGAGAAACACACUCAAUGAAAAUAUUGCUGAUAAUGGUGGAAUACGCCAAUCCUAUCAAGCUUACAAGGAUUGGUAUGUGAAACAUCCUAACGAGCAGGAAACCUUACCGCAUCUUAAUCUUACCAACACCCAACUUUUCUUCCUAAGUUUCGCCCAAUUCUAUUGUGAAAUGAACGCACCAGCUGCUCUGUUUUUAAAGACAUUAACUCACAACCAUAGUUUAAACAAACAUCGUGUUAUUGGAACAUUAUCAAAUUUCGAGGAAUUUUCAAAAGAAUUUAACUGCCCGGUUGGCUCUAAACUGAACCCUGCUACAAAAUGUAGAGUUUGGUAGCGGAAGAGACGCCGAACUGGAAGCGAAGAGAUGCCGAAAGAGGCUGUAAUGGAAGAGAAUUGUGCCAUGUUUUGAAAAAGGAUCAUUAUUACUAUUCCACUGUAGAAAGGUACAAACACAGAAUUACAAAAUAAAUAUUUA